AUGGCCAACAUCCUCCUCACCGGUGCCUCCGGCUACCUAGGCGGCAGCAUCUUAGCUCAGCUGCACAAUUCUGGCGCCGACCGCAUAGAGCUGCCAGCCCAUGGCACGAUCUACGCGCUCGUUCGCAGUGAUAUUCAAGCCCAAGCUGUCCAGGACUAUGGCGCUGAACCCGCGGCGUUCGAUCCAAGCAAUGAAGCGGCCAUUCAAAGCUUCAUUGUGGGUAAUGAAGUAUCAAUUGUUAUCUGGUUUAUUGACGUGGUGAAUGUUGACAGACAGAUCCUGUUCAUCCGAGCGCUAGCUAAGCUGCGCCAGCAGACUGGUCAAGACGUUCAUUUUUUGCAGACAUCUGGGGCAAAGAUAUUCUCUGAUUUAGCAGGAGCCCCAACGGACAGGCCAUUACUAGAUAUAGAUCCUGGACUGUAUGAGAUCCAGAAGAAGCAACAAGAUCAAGCUCCAUACCAGGCAUUUCAAAAGGUAGACGCAGCCUCUGGCUUAAAUUCGUACAAAAAGAUGCACAGACGAAUGGUCAGAAUUAAUAAAGUAUCACAGGCUGUCGCAACAAACAAUACCAUAAUAUCUUUGGCAGAGGAGUUUGACGUGAAGAGCUAUAUCAUUGCACCAUGCAUUGUUUAUGGCAAGGGAUUGGGAUUCGGCAACCUGAUUUCUGCCCAGACCGUAGCAAUCGUCAGAGCAGCCAAGGAGGCAAAGCGAGUCUAUCGCGUUGACGAUAAUUCGCCGUCGCAACCCUGGACACGAAAACGAGGUUACUAUCUGCCUUCGCCGGGUAGCAUAGCAUGGGACGACCUCUAUAGCCGUAUGGCAGCAGCACUGGCGAAGAAGGGCGUUGUCGAAGAUGAACGGAUUACGCUGGCGGAUGAUGAAGCGCUUGAGGCGAUGAGCCGCGGGCUCAAAUGCCCCAAAGCUUUUGUGCGGGUACAAUUGGCUGGCAAAUGCACACUUACACCAAAUAACGGUACAGAAAGUCUGGGAUGGGUGCCAAACUUUACGCCAGAGCAUAUUCUGGAAACUGCAGAAGCAGAGGUCGAGCUCAUUCUAAAUCAUAUUUGA